CUGUAUUUUUGUCAAUCGUUUAAGAUUGCAUUAGGAUUAUUCGUGACUACAAGUAAUUUGCCAUUUCGUGCAGUAGAUGAAAACAUAAUAUUGGAAAAUAUAAGCUAUAACUGUACAUUUGACACUCCUUGUCCAUGGUUUUCUGAUGGAUCUACGGUAGAUCAUUGGCGUUUAGCUCGAGGUCAACCAGAUUCGUUUUUAUGGCUUGCCUCUACGGGUUCUAUUCAAAAACCAGAGGAACCAUUUGCUCUGAUUGAACUGCGCGGAAAAAAAGCAGAUACUUUAUUAUCUGACAAAAUACCUUGUGAAGAUGGCACCUCAACAUUAUCGUUUACUUAUUGGAUUGUUGGAGGAGCCAAUAUAAAAGUAUGCUUGGUCGAUUUACAAGGAAAAAAUUUCAAUUGUACAGCAAUGAUUGGAGAACGAUCGAUGCCAAAAAAAGUUUCCGUCCCUCUACCCAAAGUUGAUAGCUAUUUUCGGGUAAUUUUCACUAUACCUAGAAAACUGCAAUUGUUACAAAGUUUUGCGACUAGUGAAAGUACAAAUUUUUUGCAGGUUACUAAAAAUGAAAUUACCGUUACUGAUGAAUGCACAGAAACAACAACACAUACAUCAUUUAAAUCCACAAGUCUUGUUUUCUAUAAUGUACAUUGGUCUUUAAGUCCGAAUUCUAAGUCAACAGAGCCAUCUUUCGACUUGGUAAUUAUUGGUAACAAAACAACUCCACUAUUCGAUCAACGUAGAGGACGUAUUAUUGCUAAUGGUACAAACUUAUUUUGUGAUUUCACUAAUGAUUUUCCAUGUCUUUGGGGACCUGAAAGUGGUCGCUGGGGAAUCAUCCAUGAAGGAGCUUUGCCUUCAUUAAGUACAAAUGAUAGUCAAUCAGCUCCAUCGUACCCUGCAGCUAUUGUUAUACAAGGAACAGCUAUGCUGACAAGUGAUCCACUGAAGUGUCAGACUGGCCCAGGAAAGUUAAUGUUUCGAUAUUGGACAAAUGGUUUACCAAAAAUACAAAUAUGUGCGAUUGGAUACAGUUUUGGAAGUGAAAUAGUAGAAUGUGUUAGUAAAACGACUGAGGAUAUUGAAUCUGUUAAUGACCAAUCUCUUUUGGUGUUUGAUAUCAAGAAGCCAAUUCUCGAACCAUUCACGAUUAAUAUAAUUCCAAAAUGGCAUGAUUCUGCGCGUAAUCAGUAUUUAAUCAUUGAUGAAAUUAUUUAUCUUGGAAACUGCGACAUAAACAAGCUCAGUAAAGAAAUCCAUGAAAAAUCUAAUAGCACCGUACGGGUAAAACCAAAAUCAUAUGGAAAUUUUAUAUGGCCUAUUGAAAUGCACAAACUUGAAGUUGAUGAGAAAAAAAUGCAUGUGUCACCAUCAGCAACCGCACUUAUCUCGGAAUCGAAAUGGACAACAACAAUAACACCAAAAAAAGCUGCUUCUCAAUCUUUAACUAGCAAUUACUUUGAUAAUGCGUGUAAUUAUUUGAAUCACGGACUUACAAAAGUUCCAUGGAUGCUGCGAAAUGGCGUAUUUAGAACGUCUAUUUUGGACUUUGCUAAUAUACCUACAAAUGGUAAAUUUAUCAGUACAAUAUUAUCACCAGGUCAAUAUGCCAUACUAGAAUCACCUUUAUUCCAAGCUACUUCAGAAGCAAGCACUUUAUUAUUGAAGUACUACAGAUCAUCGCUGUAUGCAACUAUACGAUUAUGUGUGGAUAGUAAUCAUACAAAAUUUUACAAGAAAGUGUCAGACUUCCUUCAAUGUCCAUCAAUUUUGCAAAAACAAAUUUCUAAAAAUACGCAUAAAUGGAGUUCCACAUACACACGACUUCCAGCUGGCACCACCCGUUUUUAUCUGGUUGCACAUAACUCAAAUAGAUCAGUAAUCAACUCCGUAAUUGCCAUACAUCAUAUCAAAUUGGCAACAUGCAAUGCCGAAAAUGAUGCAACUGUUAAAACUAGCAUUCAUCAGAAUUUACCUUCAUCAUUUCAAUAUUCAAACAGCAUCUACCAAAGAUGA